CCUCCAUAAAAAUUAAUUAAUUGGGUUUUCCUACAGCGACACGAAAUUGCCGUUACAUUACAUAUAUGACCAACUUCCCUAACACGACGACCCGGGAACUCAAAUCCCCCUCUUUAUUUAUAUAGUACCCGAGAUGCGAAUCGGGCAUCCUCUGCCUCCUCCUUCGUCUCUCUUUCGAUGAAUAAGUAACAUGACCACCAAACCCAAGCCUGAGUGUUGUAUGUGCGGCGAUUGUGGCUUCCCUGAGGAGCUUUUUCAGUGCAAAGUCUGCCAAUUCAGAUCCCAGCACAGAUACUGCAGUAACCUCUACCCGCGAGUGGACGCCUAUGAAACUUGCAAUUGGUGUUUGGUUCAGAAGGAUGACGUCAAAGAAAAGUCGCUCAAUUCUUCGAAUUCCUCUUCAUCCUUCAAAAAUAAUGGGAGCACGGGUGAUGAGAGCAAGAACAAGAGAAUCAAGAACAGCAACGUAAAUUCUCCCAAGAUCGGCGGUAAGAAGGGCGAGGCCCAUGCGAAGAACAAAGGCAUCCAGAAACGGAAGUCGCCGGAGGCGAGAUCACCGUCGCCGCCGUCCUCGGUGCUGAUAUCGCCCCGGAAGAGGAUCGUGACAGAUGGCGGUUUAGAGGAAAGGCUGAGGAGAACCAAGUCCGAGGAUAUAUCUAACACGAGCAGGAUCAUCACGAGGCAGGUCUUCAGGAAUAAAGUGAGGAGGCACAAUGUAUAGUUUACGGAACCCACGGGCGAACUGAAAGGAGACGACCCAUCAAUGAUUUAAUCCGUCGACUGGAUCCUUAAAGAGUGCAGUUUCAAAUAUGGGAGUGGGAUCAAACUGGUGUGAUGUGGAUAUGGAUGUGAGUGAGUUUGAGUGGCAGUGAUAUAUGAUGCACCGUAAGCUGCAAGGCGGAUGGGACUUGAGAGGGAUACAGCGUCCUGUGAGUCCAUAAUUGACGGCCAAGACAUUUGUUUCUACGAUGACUAUCAUACGCUACGCGUCUUUAUUUGCGUGCCAAAUGAGUCCAAAGUCCGAAGGGGAAGGAAGAGAGAGCGAUUGGAGAGCCGGGUAGAAAUUUCGAGGCAACUUCUUCUGCACUUGCUUUUUAGGUGUGCUUCCAGACUGACAGAGAUAGUCAAUCACAGGGAGGGGUCAAGGUCAACUGCUGGAUCUAGACGUUAUAGUCUUAUAGAUGCCUUUUGUGGUUUUUACGAAUUUAGAUCGAGCAUUGCAUUAUUUGAUUCCUUGGAUGAUAUAGGAAGGCAUAGCAGUAAUUUUGGAGCUA